CAAUCUUUCUAGUUGCCGUUUUGUGGUCCAGUUCUACAGAUUAUAACCUUCUUUUUCACUGAUCCGUACUCCUUAUAAGGCGUAUAUUAGCAACUCAUUGGUUGAAAUCAAUGCUAUAUGAUGUUAAGUGCUACUAAUACUAGUCUACCAUCGCAUCUCCCAUAUCAUCUAAAAAGAAAAACCAUUGCAUUUAGCUUGUUACCCAAAAGAAAACCAUUGCAUUUGCCUACUCCUCCUAAGCCCCCUUUAAAAAUGUCAUCUCCAUCGUCGAAAAUCUCUUCUCUUCUUCGCAAUCAAAGCGAUAUGGUAUCCUCAUCACCAUCUCCAGACCUUCCUUUACGCGAAAUACCAGGAAGUUAUGGUGUGCCUUUCUUUGGUGCCAUCAAAGAUAGGUGGGACUUCUUUUACCUCCAAGGAAUAGAGAAAUUCUUUAGGUCUCGUAUGGAAAAUUAUAACUCGACUGUCUAUCGAGUUAACAUGCCUCCUGGCCCAUGGGUAUCAGAUGAUCCUCGUGUUAUUGUUCUUUUAGAUGGUAAGAGUUUUCCAAUCCUUUUUGAUACUUCAAAGGUGGAAAAACGUGAUGUUUUUACAGGAACUUACAUGCCUUCAACCUCCUACACUGGAGGUUUUCGUGUGUGUUCUUACUUGGACCCAAGUGAGCCUAUGCAUGGCUCUUUGAAAUCGCUUCUUUUUUCUGUUAUUGCGUCUAACCAUAAGGAGAUCAUCCCGUUCUUUCAGAGUAGUCUGAAAGAGAUGUUUACAGCACUCGAGGAUGAAUUGAGGGACAAAAACAAGGCCGCGUUUGUGGCACUCAAUGAUUCUGCAUCAUUUCAGUUUGUUUUCAGACUGUUUUGUGAUGGCAAUAACCCCCCAGAAACCCUGAAGUCUGAUGCACCUAGCAUGCUUAAGAAAUGGUUAGCUGGCCAAUUAGCACCCAUAAAUACAUUGGGUUUACCUAAGUUGUUAAACCCUGUUGAAGAUCUUUUCCUGCAUUCUCUUAGGGUGCCGUUUUUCCUAGUGAAAAGUGAUUACAAAAAGCUUUUCGAUGCGUUUUCAUCCUCAGCAACAUCAUUCUUGGACAAAGCAGAAAGUCUUGGUAUUAGUAGAGAAGAGGCCUGUCAUAACUUGAUGUUCGUAGGUGGGUUUAAUUCAUUUGGGGGGUUUUCAGUCUUCUUCCCGUCUAUGUUUAAAUGGGUUGCAUCUGCUGGGGAGAGCCUACACCGAGAGCUAGCUGAGGAGAUCAGAACUGUGGUGAAGUCCGAGGGUGGUGUCACUUAUAAUGCUAUCAACAAAAUGGUCUUAACCAGAUCAGUUGUUUACGAGGCUCUAAGGAUUGAACCUCCCGUUCCAUACCAGUACGGGAAAGCUAAGGAUGAUUUGGUUGUUAGAAGCCAUGACGGUACAUUUAAGAUCAAGAAAGGGGAGAUGAUCUUUGGAUAUCAACCUUUUGCUACGAAUGAUCCGAAGAUCUUUACUGAUCCUGAGAAGUUUGUAGGGAACAGAUUUGUAGGGGAGGGAGAAGCACUGUCUAAGUAUGUGUUAUGGUCAAAUGGUAGGGGAAUCGAUGAUCCAACAGUCGAAAAUAAGCAAUGCCCUGCUAAAAAUUUGGUGGAGCUCUUGUCCACGGUUUUCUUGGUGGAAUUUUUCUUGCGUUACGACACAUUUUCUGUCGAAAAUGGCACCAAUCUGACCUUCUUGUCCGUGAAGAAAGCCACCAGCACUUGAUGUUGGUGUACAACAAUGGUGUCUGUUUCAAGCAUUUUAUCUGCCUUUUAGUCUAUACAAUUUGUAAGUAGUUUGAACACUUAUACUUGUUGAAUGUAUAAAUUUCUUUAAAAGUUGCUGAAAUAAAUAAGUUCAACUAAAAAUUAUGCAA